CUGGAGGCGGGGCGCGGCCGUAGCUCCGUUUCCGGUGGCUCUUCGCACUCGCUCACUCCAGCUGCAGCCACUCUUGUCCGUGGCUGCUUCCUCCAUCCUGGUAUUUUUUGGAGCCUCCAUCCUGGUUCUUCCAAAGUGCCCGGACCCAAAACAGGAAAGUGUUGUGGAGUUGGGGACAUGGGGAAAAAACAGUCUGGAUAACAUGAAAGUGAUGCUGGUGGCUAAGGGAAGGAGACUUGGUUCUGUGGGAAGGGCUAUACUUGAUUCAUCUAUUUUCUAGAUUUGAGUAUGAGCACAGUUGAAGAGGAUUCUGACACUGUAACAGUAGAAACUAUAAACUCUGUGACUUUGACUCGGGACACAGACGGGAACCUCAUUCUUCAUUGCCCUCAGAAUGAAGCUGAUGAAAUAGACUCAGAAGAUAGUACCGAACCUCCACAUAAAAGGCUUUGUCUGUCUUCUGAGGAUGAUCAGAGUACUGAUGAUUCUACUCCUUGCAUAUCAGUUGUUGCGCUUCCACUUUCAGAAAAUGAUCAGAGCUUCGAGGUGACCAUGACUGCAACCACUGAGGUAGCAGAUGAUGAGAUUACUGAGGGAACUGUGACACAGAUCCAGAUUCUACAGAAUGAACAACUAGAUGAAAUAUCUCCGUUGGGUAAUGAGGAAGUUUCAGCAGUUAGCCAAGCGUGGUUUACAACUAAAGAGGAUAAGGAUUCUCUGACUAACAAAGGACAUAAAUGGAAGCAGGGGAUGUGGUCCAAGGAAGAAAUUGAUAUUUUGAUGAACAAUAUUGAACGCUAUCUGAAGGCACGCGGAAUAAAAGAUGCUACAGAAAUCAUCUUUGAGAUGUCAAAAGACGAAAGAAAAGAUUUCUACAGGACUAUAGCAUGGGGUCUGAACCGGCCUUUGUUUGCAGUUUAUAGAAGAGUGCUUCGCAUGUAUGAUGACAGAAACCAUGUGGGAAAAUAUACACCAGAAGAAAUUGAAAAGCUCAAGGAGCUCCGGAUAAAGCAUGGCAAUGACUGGGCAACAAUAGGGGCGGCGCUAGGAAGAAGUGCAUCUUCCGUCAAAGAUCGGUGCCGACUGAUGAAGGAUACUUGCAACACAGGGAAGUGGACAGAAGAAGAAGAAAAGAGACUUGCAGAGGUGGUUCAUGAAUUGACAAGCACUGAGCCAGGUGACAUAGUCACACAGGGUGUAUCUUGGGCAGCUGUGGCAGAACGAGUGGGUACCCGCUCAGAAAAGCAGUGUCGUUCUAAAUGGCUCAACUACCUGAACUGGAAACAGAGUGGAGGUACUGAGUGGACCAAGGAAGAUGAAAUUAACCUCAUCCUUAGAAUAGCAGAACUUGAUGUAGCUGAUGAAAAUGACAUAAACUGGGAUCUGUUGGCAGAGGGAUGGAGCAGUGUCCGUUCACCACAAUGGCUUCGAAGUAAAUGGUGGACCAUCAAAAGGCAAAUUGCAAACCAUAAGGAUGUUUCGUUUCCUGUCUUAAUAAAAGGUCUUAAACAGUUACAUGAGAAUCAAAAAAACAACCCAGCGUUUUUGGAGAAUAAAUCAGCAUCUGGAGUUCCAAACAGUACCAAUUCCAGCAUACAGCAUGUUCAGAUCCGAGUCGCUCACUUGGAAGACAAUACACCCAUCUCUCCAAGCCCAAUGACAGCAUUGCAGAUUCCAGUCCAGAUCACCCAUGUCGCUUCAACAGACUCCCCUGCUGCUACGGUUGACCCGGAAACAAUAACACUAAACAGUGGAACACUACAGACGUUUGAGAUUCUUCCAUCUUUCCAUUUACAACCCACUGGCACGCCAGGCACCUACCUACUUCAGACAAGCUCAAGCCAAGGCCUUCCCCUAACUCUGACUGCUAGUCCCACAGUAACCCUGACAGCUGCUGCUCCUGCUUCUCCUGAACAGAUCAUUGUUCAUGCUUUAUCUCCAGAACAUUUGUUGAACACAAGUGACAACGUCACAGUGCAGUGUCACACACCAAGAGUCAUCAUUCAGACUGUUGCCACAGAGGAUAUCACUUCUUCCAUAUCCCAAGCAGAACUGACAAUAGAUAGUGAUAUUCAUUCUUCUGACUUUCCUGAGCCUCCAGAUGCCCUAGAAGCAGACACUUUCCCAGAUGAAAUUCAUCAGCCCAAGAUGACUGUAGAGCCAUCAUUUAAUGAUGCUCAUGUAUCCAAAUUCAGUGACCAAAAUAGCACAGAACUGAUGAAUAGUGUUAUGGUCAGAAGUGAAGAAAUCUCUGACACCAACCUUAAACAAGAGGAGGAGUCACCUUCUCCUUUAGCCCGUGUAUAUGUCACUGAGGAUUUAGAGUCACCUACCAUAGAAGAUCAAGUUGCUCAAAGGACAAUUGAUGAUGAAACAAUACUUAUUGUUCCUUCACCACAUGGCUUUAUCCAGGCAUCUGACGUUAUAGAUACCUUGCCUCUGACAACUCUAACAGAUCCCAUACUCCAACAUCAUCAAGAAGAAUCAAAUAUUAUUGGAUCAUCAUUGGGCAGUCCUGUUUCAGAAGACUCAAAGGAUGUUGAGGAUUUGGUACAUUGUCAUUAGGUAAUUUCUUAGAAACAGGUGGUUCAGGCAAAGAAGCCACACUGUUCAUUAUAACAUCUCCAAAGAAAUGGGAGCAACCCCCAAUAGGCUUAAUUUUACCAUUCCUCUAGCUUUUAAAUAGCUACAGUGCUUAAGCCACAUACAGUGUUGCUGCUAUGACUUUUUACCUCUUUUAUAUGUAUAUAUAUAUAUAUAUAUAUACAUCAUCCGAGGUCUGGUCUUACACAGUGUGUAGUUAAGGUGAGUGUGGGGAUCUUGACUGCCAAGAUUCCUGUGACUAGUGUUACUUGUCAGCAGGGAGUUUCAUUCACUUUAAAAUCACUGAAGUUUACUAUUUUAAAAGCAGUGAUAGUCAUCUCUAAAGAUCAGGCAUGGCUGCCCCCUAUCCAGUCUCACGUAGGCCUGCUUUUAUUUACAGAGGUCAUAUCAACAGGGUCUAGACCUUACCAGUGACCUUUUCUUCAACAGAAUUAAAUAUUGUUAGUUUGAGACUUGACCAGGAUACAAGUACAGAGACGUAGGUGAUGACUGUAUAGCAGUUAUUUCUUGGUUUACCCACUGGUGACAGUGGGAGCUGACUGAGGCUGGGUGAAGAGGAAAGCAUUAAAAAGGUUAAAAUUCACUACAGUUUUUUAUUACUUUUAAAGGGAUCGUGGAUGAGAGUUGUAACAAAACUCACCAGAAGCUGAGUUUUCUACCCCCUCAGAACCCACUGUCAACAGUUUACAAAGUUUAGCACUUUGAAGUAAAAUAAAACUAAAUAGGAAAGGCAGUAAAGUUGCCUAUCCUAUAACAUGACCAUUUCUUACAUGUUUUGCUAUGUGAAAUACCCAGAAAAUAGUUGAGGAGGUUAUCAGAAUUUGCUGUUCACUUAGUGCAUUAGCUGGUGGGGUGUGAUACAACUUUUCCCUCUCAGGCAGUUAAAAGAUUUGCUUCUGUAAUGGAAGGAAACAAAUCAAGAGUCAUUCCUAUAUUAGAGAAGGUUAAGCCAAAACUAGCCUCUAGGGCUUUAAUGAAAAUAGCCCCUAUAGAAAAGUCACAAAAAAACUUGUAUAAAUUAUUUUAUUUAUUAUUGUAAUUAGAUCUUUACAAUCAAAGUUGUCUUUUCACCAUCUGUGUUUUGUUAAUGUGAAAUUACAUUGUACUUAUAAGCAAAAGUUGGUUGCCUAGGGAACAAUUAUAUAUUCAGUUUAACAGAAAUAAAAGAAUAUUUGUCUUAAAA